CGCGCAUGCGCGGUGCGGAGGUUUACUACAGCUGUUGACACGUUCGCGGCAGGAACAUGGCAGCGUACAGAGCUCCUUCCUCUUCACAGUGAGAUCUCUGGGCUGAUACACGCUUGAAAACUCCAAGUUUUACUAUGGAAAAGAUGGACUUUAUUAUAGUGGAGAUCGAUGAUCUGAGUCAUCCAGAACCGUCCAGAAUUAAUCAUCAAGAUAAUAAGGAACAAACAGACUGGAUGGAGUUGAAUGAGCAAAGACAAGAUCUGAAUGAAGAGGAUGAGAAAUGUGACUUCAACACUGAAGGAAUAAAAGCAGAACAUCUGCACAGCUGUCCUCAGUGUGGAAAGAGUUUCACGAGCAAAGAAAACCUGAACAUGCACAUGAACAUUCACAGUGGAGAGAAUCUGUACAUCUGCACUGAAUGUGGAAAGAGCUUCUCACAGCUGGACAGUUACAAUCUGCAUCAGAAAACACACAAUGAAGCGAGGGAUCAUGUGUGUUUGGAGUGUGGGAAGAGCUUUUCUACAGCCGACAAUCUGAAGCGGCACAGAAUCAUCCAUGCUGGAGAAAAACCUCACAAGUGCUCAUAUUGCGAGAAGAGUUUCAACCAGUCGGUGCAUUUGAGAAGACACGAGCGAAUUCACACUGGAGAGAAGCCGUAUCUCUGCACUCACUGUGGGGAGAGUUUCAGAUAUAGGACUGACCUUAAUAAACAUCUGCGCGUUCACACUGGAGAAACUCCGUUUACCUGUGAGCAGUGUGGUAAUAAUUUUAGAUCAUCUGCAAAUCUAAAACUACACAUGACGAUUCACACAAAUGAGAAGCCUUAUGCAUGUCCGUUGUGCCAAAGGAGAUUUUCACGGUUGAACGCUUGUCAGCGGCACCAGAAAAUACAUGUUGAGGAGAAAAAUCAUGUGUGUUUGGAGUGUGGCAAGAGCUUUAUUAGAGCCGAACAACUGAAAAACCACCGAAGGAUCCACACUGGAGAAAAACCCUACAAGUGCUCCUAUUGUGAGAAGAGUUUCAGCUGGUCUUCAAAUCUGAAAUUGCACGAGCGAGUUCACACUGGGGAGAAGCCGUAUUACUGUCCUGCAUGUCAGAAGAGUUUCAGAUCAUCACAGAAUCUUCUCAAUCACACAAGGAAAUGUCACACCAUCACAGAAAUAAAGAUGGAGUUUGUUGAAGAGGAGAUUGAUGACCUGGGUGAUUCAGAAACAUCCAGAAUCUAUAAACAGGAAGAAACUGAGGAGCAAACAGACCCGAAGGAAGUGAAGCAAGAAAACUUAGAACUGAAUGAAGAUGAGGACUUCUUACAUGGAGAACCUGAAAACAAUUCUCAAACGACAGAUACCAAAAACUCGUUCUCAUGCCCUCACUGCGACAGGAGUUUCACGCUAGAAGCAAGCCUCAUCAGCCACAGCAGCAUCCACAGCAGAGAGCGUCCGUACACGUGCCCACAAUGCCCAAAGAGUUUCGCACGUAAAGACAGCCUGAGAAUGCACCUAAGACUUCACACGGGAGAAAAACCAUACGCGUGCCCUCAAUGUGCCAAAGCUUUCGCACAAAAAGAGCAUCUCACCAUCCACAUACGAAUUCACACCGGGGAGAAACCGUUCGUAUGCGAUCAAUGCGGAAGUAGUUUUGCACGAAGUGACAGCCUGAAGAACCACUCAAGGAUUCACACCGGUGUAAAACCCUACAGCUGCCCGCACUGUGCAAAGAGAUUUACCUGGCUGCACAAUUUCAGGAAACACAUACGCUUGCAUUCUGGAGUGAAGCCUUACAGCUGUGAAGACUGCGGGAAGAAAUUCCCAUCUGCAUCUGUUUUAAAAUACCACAUGCAGAGCCACUCAGAAGAAAGGCCUCACUCGUGUUCGACAUGCGGGAAGAGUUUUAUCCAGCUGGACGCUUUUAAAAUGCAUCAGAAAUUGCACAGUGGCGUUAGGCCGUUUGUGUGUUCGCACUGCGGCAAGAGUUUUAAUAAAGCCUCCAACCUGACAGAGCACUUCAGGAUCCACACGGGGGAAAAACCCUACACGUGUUCGCUUUGCGGCAAGAGUUUCACUCAUUCGGCAACCCUGAAAGCACACGAGCGAAUUCACACCGGAGAAAAGCCGCAUCACUGUACUCAAUGUGGAAAGAGUUUCGGCCGAGCAAGUCAUCUGCUGGCACACGUCAAAACACACUCUUCAAAACGCAAAACUUCACAGUGAGCCAUUGUGUGGAUGUACAUUGACAUCUUAGAUCCUGGAGUAGCUUUUAUUUAUUUGAAAACAUUUAAAGGGGGCUUAUUAUGCAAAAAUUAAAUUCAGUUCCAUAGUGUUAACAGUAAAAAUUGCUCUCCUUUUUCAAAACAAUUGUAAUAUUAUUGAAUGCGGUAGAUUAAAUAAAUAAUUCUGGUUUUAGACAUGA